GCCUCUCUCUCCACCCUGCCCGCCCCCCUGCACGGCCAUGGAUGGACCGGUGGCAGCCCACAGGCUCGGGCCUUCUGUGGUCUCCUGGGUCCCGGAGGAGGGAGAGAAGUCGGAUGAGGAAGGCGAGGCCCAGGUGCAGGAGCGGGGCCAGUGGACCAACAAGAUGGAGUUUGUGCUCUCCGUGGCCGGGGAGAUCAUCGGGCUGGGCAACGUCUGGAGGUUCCCCUAUCUCUGCUACAAAAAUGGCGGUGGAGCAUUCUUCAUCCCCUACUUAAUCUUCUUCUUCGUCUGCGGCAUCCCGGUGUUCUUCUUGGAGGUGGCGCUGGGCCAAUACACCAGCCAAGGGAGCGUCACAGCCUGGAGGAAGAUCUGCCCCCUCUUCCAGGGCAUUGGCCUGGCCUCUGUGGUCAUCGAGUCCUAUUUGAACAUCUACUACAUCAUCAUCCUUGCCUGGGCCCUCUUCUACCUGUUCAGCUCCUUCACCUCUGAGCUGCCCUGGACCACCUGCACCAACUCCUGGAACACAGAGCACUGCAUGGACUUUCUGAACCACUCGGCAGCCAGCAUGGUGACCCCGUCUGAGAACUUCACCUCACCUGUCAUGGAAUUCUGGGAGAGACGGGUUCUGGGCAUCAGCUCUGGCAUCCAGCACCUGGGGGCCCUGCGCUGGGAGCUGGCCCUGUGCCUCCUGCUGGCCUGGGUCGUCUGCUACUUCUGCAUCUGGAAGGGGGUCAAGUCCACAGGCAAGGUCGUGUAUUUCACAGCCACGUUCCCCUACCUGAUGCUGGUGGUCCUGCUGGUCCGAGGCGUCACGCUUCCCGGAGCCUACGAGGGCAUCAUCUAUUACUUGAAGCCCGAUUUGUUUCGCCUCAAGGACCCCCAGGUGUGGAUGGAUGCGGGCACCCAGAUCUUCUUCUCGUUUGCCAUCUGCCAGGGGUGCCUCACGGCCCUGGGCAGCUACAACAAGUACCACAACAACUGCUACAGGGACUGCAUUGCCCUCUGCUUCCUGAACUGCGCCACCAGCUUUAUGGCUGGCUUCGUCGUCUUCUCCAUCCUGGGCUUCAUGUCCCGAGAGCAGGGGCUGCCCAUUUCUGAGGUGGCCGAGUCAGGUCCUGGUCUGGCUUUCAUCGCAUUCCCCAAGGCUGUGACCAUGAUGCCUCUGUCCCCCCUGUGGUCGUGCCUGUUCUUCCUCAUGCUCAUAUUCCUAGGGCUGGACAGCCAGUUCGUCUGUAUGGAGUGCCUGGUGACAGCCUCCAUGGACAUGUUCCCCCAGCAGCUGCGGAAGAGCGGGCGGCGUGAGCUCCUCAUCCUUGCCAUUGCGGCCAUGUGCUACCUGAUGGGGCUCUUCCUGGUCACCGAGGGCGGGAUGUAUGUCUUCCAGCUGUUUGAUUAUUACGCGUGCAGUGGCACCUGCCUGCUGUUCCUCUCGGUGUUUGAAGUGAUCUGCAUCAGCUGGGUGUAUGGGGCAGACCGUUUCUACGACGACAUUGAGGACAUGAUCGGCUACCGGCCAUGGCCCCUGGUGAAGAUCUCCUGGCUCUUCCUGACCCCUGGACUUUGCCUGGCCACUUUCCUCUUCUCCUUGAGCAAAUACACCCCUCUCAAAUACAACAACAUCUACGUGUACCCUCCCUGGGGGUACUCCAUCGGCUGGUUCCUGGGCCUCUCCUCCAUGAUCUGCGUCCCACUCUUCAUCAUCGUCACCCUCCUGAAGACCCAGGGUUCCUUCAGGAAGCGCCUGCGACAGCUCACCACCCCCGACUCCAGCCUGCCGCGGCCCAGGCGGCCUCUCUGCCUGCCAGGUGCCGCUGCCCAGGACUACAGACUGCCCCCCACGAAGGAGGGACUGACAGCUGGGCAGAAGGAGACCUAUCUGUAGAAUGUGGCCAGAGACCAGGUGGCUCCUGACCCAGGAACCCAGGUCAGGGCCACUCUCCACCCCCGUGGACAGCUCUGCCUCUGUCCCCCACCGCAGACCUGCUGAGAACCGCAGGGGACCCUGGGCACCUCCCUGGAGGCCAGACUCCUCUCCACAGCUGGAGCAGCUUCUCCCGGUGGGCGCGUGCCAGGCUGGGCGCCGGCGCCCCAUUGGAACACACCGUCGUGUCUGGACAGGAGGGGCCGGGUGAGGCCCCGUCCGAUCGCAGCGCGUGCACUGCGGGGGCGCCACCAUGGGGACGCUUCCAGCUGGCACUUCCAGUUUGCUCGUGGGGAGAGCAGCUCUCCCGGCAGGACAGCCCGCGAUCUGGUUCAGAGCCCGAUGGAACUCACCGUGUUGGAAGUGACGACUGAACACGCUAUGUUGGAUUCGGAGGUUCCAUUAGAAGGAGCCCUUCAUUAGGCUCAAUGUUCUGAGGGGUCCCGGGGCGGGGAAUGAGAGAAACAGCUAGGGGGGAGCCUUCACAUGCCCUCUGUCUGGAGUUUUCCUGGAGGGAGUCUCAUGGUGUCCCUAGCUCCAGCUGUAGUUCCACACUCUUCCUGCAGUGUUGUCAUCGACUCAUGGCGCAUUGGGAAGGAGGGACGCAGAUGGUUGCUAGACUUUACAAACCCAUGGCACACAUGCCUCUGCUCUCCUUCCUCUGCCCAAGGCAGACAUUGCUAACCGACCACGGACUCUCGCCCACCUCACAGUCCUUCCAAACUGCGGUCAGCUCCGUUGGCCAUCCUGCUUCUAACCCAAACCCCUGACUUCAUGGAUGGGAAGACCCAGGACCGGAGUGACAAAGUGACUUUUUCAAGUUCACAUGGCUUCUUGGGGUCAGAGAUGUGACUAAAGCCUGGUCUCCUUGUGCUCA